CCCAUGGCUUUGACCCUCUCAGAACUGCUGUUGUCUGCGUUCAACGAUCUGUGUCCAUUUCUGCAACAUUUCUGCAACAAUACUCCGUCCAUCAGCAUUAGAUUCAGAAGCAACAAGAAGAAUCCCCCGCCGCCCAGCAUUGGAAUUUUUCUUUGAUGUGAAUUGUUGCCAUGAGGACGACUAUAUAGCGACUUCCCCCGCCGGCCCCGCCCACAGUGGCAGUGAUACCCCCUUCUCUUUUCUCCAUCCCUUAGCCCCCUUCCUGCUGUCACCAUAGAUUCUGUCAAAGCGAUCAUCGACCCGAAGCCGUCUCUCGCCACGAUGUCCUCGUUGCAGACGUCUUCGCUUCACCGGAAAAUGAGCAAUCGCUCACAGCGCUCCGACUGGACGCACAACGACGGCCACGUCGAGGGUAACCUGAACUGCAUCGCCUUGCGUCAUGGCUGGACACGCACUUUCAGCCUACCCCCAGACGAGGUCAGUGGCAUGGACUAUGCCCUCCUCGAGACCGUCCUCCAGCUCCCCACCCUUAAACUGCGCACCAUGACUACCCGCAUCUUCGUCGAGAACCCGCCGAACAGCGGCAACUGGUCCAAGAUCCGCUUUUGGAAAGACGACGGGUCGCUGCAGAGCGUGCUUGUGCAGCAGUUUUUCGCCGCGCGCAUGCGCGAGGGUGUCAUCACCUCCUUCGACGUGCGCGACGGGCACGACCGCGACGAUGUCAUGAGCAUCAAGAGCGGCAUGUCCGGGCGUAGUGGCGUGUCGCGCAUCGUGCCCGGCACGGGGCAGACGCGCGAGUGGCUCAAACGUCGCGGGCUCGGCGCUCGUUCGCCGGGAAUGACGACCGACGGCGAGGAGGAUGCCAGCGAGGUCGAGCGUCCGCCGAAGCCCCCGCCAAAGGGCGGUCGCAUUCAGGCGCUCAAGUACAUCUUCGGCAUCUCGUCGGAGCCCCCUGCGCCGCGCGUGCGCACCGCAGAGGAGAUCGAGCAGGAGCUCAUCAAUGAGGAGGAGGCCAUGAAGAAGCGCGGCUGGCUCCCGCCCGGCGUCCGAAAGUUCGGGGCGAAGGCGAAGGCCUCGUCCAGCAGCAUCCGCGUCGGCCUCGGUAACAACAUGUUCGGCAACUCCUCCGAGCGCGACUUCUUCCGCCGCCGUCGCCGGCAGAGGCAGCAGACCUCCGACGACGACCAAAACCAGGAGGACCCCUUCGCAGGCGAUGGCGAGGAGAUCAACAUGUCGGACGCGGAUGACCGCAAUCCGGACAUCAACGUCAUCAACGAGGGCGAAGAGGAUGCGCACGAGGUGCAGCAGCCCGAGCAGGGCAAGAAGUGGUUCGGGCUGUUCGGCGGCGGAGGCAGCAACUCGAACCUGAAGACGCCGGACGAGGGCGGCGAGGCGUCUCAGUCGACAACCUCGCUGGCGACGUUGAGCAAGGGCGACAACCCGUUCCUCGGCGCCAGUGAGAAGAAGUCGAAGAAGAAAAAGGACAAGGGCAAGCAGAAGGCGUUCACGGGCGCCGAGCUCGUCAAGGUGCCCAGCGACGCCUUUGAGAAGCCCGAGGACGGCGGGAGUGCGUGAGCCCAGCCCGAAUAUGAUACCCAUUCUUACAUUCUCUUCUAGCACCCAAGCCCUCGUCGGCUGUUUCCUCCCUUCACAAAGACUAAGGGCUACGAUUGCCCUUGAGACACCCUUUUAUGAGUCC